AUUUCGUCCCUCGUUUUCCUAUGCCCCGCGACACUCUUGUAUCGCUUCCAGCUGGCUUCGCCCCGAUAAGGAUUGCUGGCAGCUUGGCGCCGAGUACACGAUAUGCACCAUCGCACCCAUGAAUGGCUAGGCUCGUCGCUCGAUCUCCUGAAGAGGGAGGUUACAUGGCGUCAAUCCAUGGUGUUGAAAAGGCUUACUUGAGGUGCAAGCUUCCCCCCAUGGCCUUCCAGGGUCUUCCACUCCUCUUGUCCGUCUCUUGACAUCUCUUGUCGGUACUACGGUUUGCUUCUAUUCUUCCAUCCAGCCCUUUAUCCCAGUCAUUUCUUUUAAUUCGUAAUGCCAUCAUGAUUCGCAAGGGCUAUCGUCUGUCGUUAACGCAUCUCGCUAUUUACAUAUCUGCCUUCUUUUUUGCUUCGCAGCUUUGGUCGGUAUGGAAGCAGUCAGCAUAUGGCUUCCAGUCGUAUAUGUCCGCUAAUUGGCAAUUUGACGCGGACGUGCAUGCGAAUGUGCAUACCCUCAGCCAUGAGCAGUGCGACAUUGCGUUCCCAAAACUUUACUACAGCCUGGACCAGUCGAUAAAACGGCGGCAGGGUAGGAAAGUGCAUCCGCAGGAUAUUGAGAUUUCGGAGGGAAGGUGCAUGCUGCGGGUUGUGAUCUACGAGGGCGAGCUUUUCGUAGUCGACUCCGGCAUGCCCGAACGGUGCUACGUAGCCAACGGCAACGAACGCGAACGCAUCCUCGGCACCCUCGCACAGAUCGACCGCGCUCUCAGCACCUCGCCCACCUCCGACCCCUCAAUACCAAACAUCGAAUUCUCGCUCUCGCUCGACGACCUUCCGCGACGCUCGAAAGGCAAGGGCACGUUCUUUGGAUACACUAGGAAAGAAGGGCACGAGUAUAACGAUAUCUGGUUGAUGCCGAAUUAUGCAUACUGGAGUUGGAACUAUACUCAUGCGCCGAGUUGGAAUAGCAUCAGGAGGGAGAUCAUGGCCGCCGAGAAGCAAGUGCCAUGGGCGAAAAAGGACCCAAGGGUUGUUUGGAGAGGCAAGAUCAAGAUGGCAGAGUUGAGGAAGGAGCUUGUAAGGGUCAGUCAGGGGAAGAGCUGGAGCGAUAUUAAGCCGGUGGUGAUCAAUGAUGCGAAGGAUAAGCAUACUAAGGAUGUGAUGAACUUGCGUGAAUUCUGCGGGUACAAGUUCACCGUCCAAACGGAGGGCACUUCCUACUCCGGCCGCCUAAAGUACCUUCAGCUCUGUCGCUCGGCCCUCAUCACGCACCCGCUCCAGUGGCAGGAGUUCCAUACGCAUCUCAUGAGCCUCGCCGGCAAGGACAUCAAUUUUAUUGAAGCUUCGGAGAACUUCGGGAACCUGGAGUCGGCGAUGGAGUACUACCUCAAGCACGACGACGAAGCGGAAGAGAUUGCUAGAAAUAGCUACGAAACGUUCGCCAGACGGUAUCUAACUCCAGCAGCGGUCACUUGCUACUGGCGACGGCUCUUCUUUUCCUGGGCCUCGGUUCAGGGCUACGAGCCGCAACUGUACGUACCGGACCGGAACGGCAACACAGUGAUGCGCGCGACACCAUGGACCGCAUUUGCAGCGAAUUGGCCGCAGGAUCCUUCCAUCAUACCAUAGAAUUCUAAAGAGUAGAACAUAGAGGAGGAAGCAUGACGAAGGUACCAGGUUUAGAGAUGAUACCCAUAUUCCGUACAAACAGCAUAGUUAAGGAUGUUUCAUUUUCUUUAUAUUCAAU